AUGGCUCCCAUCCGCAUCGGUAUCGUUGGCCUGUCCGCCUCAGCCAAGACAUCUUGGGCUGCCAACGCACAUCUUCCCUACCUUCUCUCCCCUCGCGGCCAAUCCCACUACAAGAUUGUCGCUCUCUUGAACUCGAGCGUCGAAGCGGCCAAGAAGUCCAUCCAGCACUUCAACCUGCCUCCAGAGACCAAGGCAUACGGUGAUCCCCAGGCUCUCGCAGAUGACGGCGAUGUUGAUCUCGUAGUCGUCAAUACCCGCCACGAAACUGCCAAGGCUGGCAAGAACGUCUAUGUCGAGUGGCCUUUGGCCCAAGAUGUCAAGCAUGUCGAAGACCUGGUCCAGGCGGCAAGGCAGGGAGGUGGCCGCACACUCGUCGGCCUCCAGGGACGAGUUGCCCCUCCAGUGGAGAAGCUCAGAGAGCUUAUCCAGAGUGGACGCAUUGGAAAGGUUUUGAACAGCGAAGUUGUUGCCGCAGGGGGUUUGAAUGACCGGGAACGUGCGCCGCAGUCUCUCAAGUAUUUCUUGCAGCGGAGCGUGGGAGGAAAUGUGUACACCAUCGGCUUUGGGCACUUAUUUGACCAGAUUCAGCAUGUUCUGGGAGAUUUCACGAAAAUCGAAUCGCAUCUUCAAAUUCAGAGACCAGAGGUCAAGAUCUUUGAUCCCGCCUCCAAGAGAGUGGUCGAGACGGUGCAAUCAGACGUGCCCGAUCUUGUUUAUGCCAUAGCCACCCUCCCUGCAUCGGAGAACACUCAGGCUGGAGCAAGUGCCUUGCUUCGUUUCCGCAGAGGCCAAACCUUCAAAGGCGAUCCGGCACUGGUGUGGACCAUUCAGGGCACGAAGGGAGAGAUCCGACUGACGGCCAGAGAUGGAACGACGCUGCAUGCCUCGGCAUAUUCGGGGCCUGUUACAAUCCAGGUCUACGAUUUUGCUACCGAUACGGUUGAAGACGCCCCAUGGGAGUGGGCAGAUUGGCAGGAAGAAUUACCCAUUCUGGCCCGGUCUGUCGGUGAGGUGUAUGAGAGAUUUGCGAGCGGAAAAGGUUCAGUGUUGGCGUCGUUUGAAGAGGCAGGUGUGUGGCAUCAGCAGCUAAACAAGCUUCUCGAUGCCUUUGAUCAUCAAUGA